AUGGCUCGCGGAAAGGUUCAGCUGAAGCGAAUUGAGAACCAAGUGCAUAGACAAGUAACCUUUUGUAAGCGCCGAGCGGGGCUUCUAAAGAAGGCUAAGGAACUCUCUGUGCUUUGCGACGCUGAAAUUGGCCUUGUCAUUUUCUCCGCUCAUGGAAAGCUCUAUGAACUCGCCACAAAAGGAACCAUGCAAGGAGUAAUAGAGAGGUACUUGAAGUUCACACAUGGGACUCAAUCUGAAGCUGUCACUGAACCACAUCCUUUGCUAAUGGAUGCUAAAGAGGAAACCAAUGUGCUUAAACAAGAAAUCGACACAUUGCAAAAGGGUAUCAGUUAUUUGUUUGGAGGAGGAUUAGGGAGAUUGGCAAUGGAUGAACUUCAAGUUCUUGAGAAGAAUCUUGAAAUCUGGAUGUAUCAUGUUCGCUCAAUGAAGAUGAACAUUAUGUCACAAGAAAUUCAAGCUUUGAGAGAUAAGGAGGGAACACUUAAGGCAGCAAAUACAUAUCUCCACGAUUUGGUGUUGGAGAAUACUUCUGCCUCAAACUUUGUUCCAAUUGCUACUGAUAUUUCGUACCCAUUAUUUCUACAAGAUGGGAUUUUUCAGCUCUAG